AUGCAUUGCUAUUUUCCAUUUAAUGGAAUUGAUAGAAUUUUUAGAAUAGAACCAAAAUUAUCAACUAACUAAACUGGAUUCUUAAUUAAAUUAAUAAUUAAUUUGAUUGGAAAACUGAAAAAUGUUCAUUUUCUUAUGAAUUAAAACAGUAUUUUGAUAAUUUUAAUUAGUUAUAAAUUAAAUAGUACAAGACAUAUAGACAAAAGAGGAUGAAGAUGGGAAGAAAACUAAAAGUGUAACAUUUUGUUUUGAUAAAAACAUUAUCCACUCUAUUUACAAGUGUCCAUCUGAGUAUUUGAGUAAGAAAAAGAGAAGACAACUAAGCAGAAAAAUCUCAAGUUCAAUUAAGGGUAGAUACUUCGAUGAUUAGACAUCCUCUGAUGAAGAAACUAGAAACUAUUCAGAUCUUGAGGAGUAUGAACACUUCUACAGCAUAAUUGAAUGGAAAAAUCUCUCAGAAGAAUCUUCUUUAAAAAUGACUCCCAAUAAUUUGAAUGAUGUUAUAAAUUCAAAAAAUUUCAAUGAUUUUAAAGAUGGGAACACACAAAAUCCCAAAUCAUGUCUCAAAUAGAUCAAAAAAUUAGACAUUCUUUCUUAAUUCGACGAGUUGAAGAAGUAAGAUUAAAACGAUGAUUUACAAACUGAAAUUAGUUCUUAAAAAAAUUUAAAUAAAGAGAAUCUUUAAAAUGACAAAUAUAUCAUUGUGAGCAAAUUCAAAGAACAUUAGGAGGAGGAUGAGGAAGAAGUAACAAAAUUAAGCAUAUCAUAGAUAUCUAUCAAUCUUGAUGAUUUGGAUGAAUUCUAAUGUACUUAUAAGGAAUAGAGAUCAUAAGACAUUUCGGUUUUCGAUUAAGUGAGGAAAAAAAUAGAUUUCAAAUCAGCAUUUAAGAUUAUUGA